AUGGUGUCGUUCGAUUGCCAGGAGUAUCCAGGUGGAUCAGUUAACUUGGGAUUUUUUAAGGAACAUUUUCUGACUCAUUGCAUUGGGGAGAGAUACUUACAGGAGAGAUGUCAUGAGUUUCAGAUUUUGGAGCAGGGUGAUAUGUCUAUUAUGGAUUAUGAGAUUGAGUUCAUCAGGCUGAGUCGUUAUGUUCUGGGGUUGGUGGAUAACGAGGAUUAUCCAGAGUUGGCUCAUACUGCCCAAACAUCAGUUCAGACUCUUGCCCAUACUCAGAGUAUAGUUCAUACUCUAGUUGGGGAUCGUAGUCAGUCGAGAGGAUCUGGAUCUGAUAGUAGAGGUCGACCUUCUUAUAGUAAGGCUCCAUACUUUGCUUUAUUUGAUCCUAGAACUACUCGUUCAUAUGUAUCGCAUUCUGUAUAUGGUUUUUUUGACAUCCCAGUUGGGAAUAUCGAGAGUCAUAUGAUAGUUCUGAGCCUCAUAGGCCAAUAUAUUAACAUACUCUGGAUUGUUAAAGGGUGCCCUAUAGAGAUCUAUAUGGAGAUCUUUCUGGUGGAUCUUAUGGAUUUGUCAUUAGAAGAGUUUGACUUGAUUCUUGGUAUGGAUUGGCUGGAUGAGCAUCAACUUAAUAUCGAUUGUGAUACCAAGAGAGUUGUCCUAAAGACUCUUUAUAACGUGAGGAUAGUGAUGAUUGGGGAACAAUGUGGGUUCCUAAUAAAUAUCAUUUUAGCCUUGGUAGUUAAAAGAAUGAUCAAGAAGGGUUCUAAGGCGUUCAUCGCUUAUAUUUUGGUUACCAGGGGUUCCCGAUCAGAGAUAGAAAGAAUCCAAACCGUUAAAGGAUUUCCCGAUGUAUUUCCUGAGGAGUUACUUAGUUUGCCACUAGAUAGAGAAUUUGAGUUUGAGAUUGAAGUUUAUUCUGGUUCGACUCCUGUUUCGAUGGCUUCUUAUCAUAUAGCCCCUAAGGAGCUUAAGGAACUGAAGGUUCAACUCUAG